CGUACAAACGUAAACAUGGCUGCGUGGCGCUUCUUUUUAGAGUCACGUUUGAUUGUUAUAUUCCUUUGCUUCUUUAACACCUUUGCAAUCAAAGAAAAUGUCGGAGAAGCCAACCGUGUUUGUGUGUCAGGCUCGCAAGUUGUUCAUGUGAAUUUUGGUGAAGGUGGGAUCUCGCAGUGUGGACUCGCUAACUACACGCCAGAUGGUCACGGCGCACGAGAAGAGCGUGAUGAGAAAGUAAAAGAGCACGGAAAGAAAUCUCAAGCUCCAACGCCUUAUCAAGGCCAUGGAUGUAAACAGAGACCUGCAGCUGGUAACACCAAAGUUAAGCCAAACAAGUGCGAUAAUGGAGCAGUACUCCUAAGCAGUCCUUGUGUAAAACCAGCUAAAAACACCAAAAAACACUUCAUUAUUCAUACGCCAGAGCGCGACAAGAGUCUGCAUCUUGUGAUUGCAAAUGAUGCACAACAGAAAAUUAUUUUGACUGGAAAUAAUGAAAUUGAUAAAAGAGUUGGUUACGCUAUGCUGCUGAUGAACACAGGAAAUUUGGAUCAGGCUAUUGGACAGUUUACUGACAUAAUUAAGGUGUUCUCUCCUCUGGGAAAUAUCAAAGAAGCCAUAGCUGACAUUAAAGUUGCCUUGGAUCUGAGGCCAAGUUCUCAGUUGCACAUUAUGAGUGGUACACUGCUGUUUAUGCAGGAGGAUUAUGAGGCAGCAUCUAAGAGUUUUGAAAAAUGUUUAGAGAUUGAGAAGAACCAGCCUACAGCUAUGUUAUAUAAAGGUUUAUCGUUAUACCACAGGGGGAGAGUGAAGGAGUCCAUUGAAAUCUUUAAAGUGGUUCUGCAAACAAAUACGAAUCAGGCAGAGUGUCAUCGCAGUCUGGGUCAUGCCUACAGGGAAGUAGGAGAGCCAGAACUUUCUCAUGAACAUUUCACAUCAGCCAUCAAAAUAGAGCCAACUGUUGCACAGAACUAUCACUCCAGGGGAAUCCUAAAUUAUAUGCGUGGAAGGCCCGACAAGGCAGUAUCAGAUUUGAAGGCAUGUCUGAAAUAUAACCCGGGCAGUAUCUCUUGCAAGUAUUGGAAGGGAGUCAGUCAUGCUGCGCUGGGAAACUUUUUCGAGAGCGUAAAAUCAAGCACCCAGAUCCUGCUAGACGAGGCAAGCUCAUCUCCCUUGCAAAAUGUGGAUGUGAUAAAAAGUUAUUAUCUCAAAGAAUAUUCACGUUAUCUUCACUCACACUUGGACACUCCAUUGUCGGAAUACUCACCGGGCACAGAUCUUGAUGGAAGAUUAAGAGAUUUGUGGGUCAAAGGCUUGCCUUUCAAUGCCAAGAAUUACAGUGAACAGCCAGGAAUACAGCCACAUACACGUUUGUCCUCUCUCAGACUUUCUGAUGCAGAGCAACCUGUUUUCUGGUUGGACCUUAUGCCGGAGAAAAGUGUCAAAACAGGUUUUAAUUUCCGGAUGAACCUGUUAAGGGGACAGUUGAAAAGCGUGAGGUACUCAGACUACUUUGACAAGAUUUUCCAGUUUACAAAAACAAUGUUACAGCAUUUGUACAGAGUGGAUGAGUUUAAUAAAAAGGAUUUUAAGAGGAAAAUCGAGAAGGCGAAAACGUGUCGUGAGCUUAUACAGGUUCUGAAGCAACACGAUUCAAGAAACCCGCAGCCCGGUAUGAUUUUAUCGACUCACGUGACAAGUUCAAAAGAAGGAGGAAAAAAGAGCUUAGAAGGAUUGAAUUUAAGUCUCUCUGAGAGCGGCUCAAACAUUUUGUUUUCAAUGGACACUCCUACUACACCGGCGAGAACGGCAUCUUAUCAUUCGGAGCUGGAAUAUAUUUGGGAAAAACUGAACGAUGAAAUUAGAAAACCUGGCAACAAGGAUGUAGAUAUCAUUGGCAAUAACAUCCUCUCCCUGGUGUAUUACUUUUUCAAUUUAAUGCCUCUUUCACGAGGAUCAAGUGCUGUGGCUUAUACAGUGGCACUGGGCCUUUUCCUCGCUGUUGGUCGGGAAACAACGGGAAAAAUCCCUCCAGGAAAGGAGGUAGAUUUAGAGGCCAUGAUUGGAGGAUCAGUGGAGAAUUUCACUAAAAAUGUAAAGGGAUGGAUGGGGCUCAAAAAAUUUUCCAGACCAGUGACGUCCCUCCCUCUUGUGAGAGAAGUUUUCCCAACUCUGAGAUCUAUGUUAGAAGCUCUUAAUGCGCAGUUCACGGACGCAGAUUGCAAAGAUAUGAAAUCUCAUUUUUAAUUAAAUCUUCAUAGUUUUCAUAAUUGAAUAUCAUAGUUUUAUAACUAAAGGAAUACUGUCAGAUUGAUAGAGGAUAAAUAAAUGUUAUUUUUUCAAA